CUGUUGCCUUUGCUAACCAUGCUGAUAUAUCACUCAUUUUCUUGUCGUUAAUAGUGCUGCAAUGAGUUAUUAAAGGGUGGUUAGAAACUGGAGCAGACAAGCUGUUCUGAAUUUAGUGUAACCUGAAGCAAGCUAUGAGGUAUCCCCUGGUUCCUCUGGUGAAUGAGCUGACCUUUCCUCUGCUUUUCUUCUGGUUCUGUUUGCCAUUUGUAAUGCUGUUGAUCAUCAUGAUCAUCUGGCUACAGCUUCUACUUAAUGAAGCACAGAUGCCCAGCACAGAAAAGAUAAAGAAAAAAUCUUUUGAUGAGCCUGAUUCUGACUCUAUAUUUGAAGAUGAGCUAACAGAGGAGGACAACCAGAGUGAUGCUUCCAGUACAGAGACACAAGAGGAGUCCCAACCCAGUGACUCUGUGGGGAGGCUGAGGCCCAAGCCUGCUUAUCUGAGCUCAAAUCCAAAAAGCCAAAAGCAAAGUCUUCUUGCUGUGACCUCAAACAGCUGGUCCCGGAGCCAGAAGAUAAGAUAUUCCCAUGUUGAAAAGAGCAAUUUCUGUAACAUCAUGAUGCUGUUGUGCACCAUGUUUUCUUCUCUCACCUGGAACUUUGUCUGCCUGUUGCUCCAGAUAUUUAAUAUCCUGAGGAUUCUACUGCUGCCGUCCUAUCUGAUUACCUACAUGGCUCAGCUGUUUGCUUUGCUGUGUGAAAAAGCUGUGAAAAUCUUGGACUCCCUGAGGCUGGAGAGCAGAGCACUGUUGGCUUCAGUCUUGGGGAGGAAACUGGAGCUGAGCAGAGCUCAGAGAACCACCAGAGGGUGAAAAUAAAGCAGAUGGUCCCAUGGCUUUUAGCAUCCAUCCUGCUUGGCAUCAGUGAGAACGACUGCAGCAUGACAGAGGGAAGGGAAUUCUCUGAGGAAACCCACUCAAGACUAAAUCAGCACUCACUGAGGUCACAACAGCUACUUUUAGAGUACUGACAUUUAUGAGAUAAAUGACAACAACCAGUUUCUUGUCCACCUCCUGGGUGUGUAUUCUACUCCCCUUCCACUUCAGAGGAGUGAGUCCCUUUUUUUAAGGACCAAGAACGGCACCAGUGAUACUCUCUGCUCACACUACUAAUCUUCGGUUUCAAACAAAAAAGAUCAAGGCAAUCUUUCUCUGUAGUGAUUUUUACUGGGAUUUAAAUGCAGUACAGCCCAAGGAUUAUUACACUUGUAGUCCAAUUAGCACUCUUCUGAUCUUCAGCUUGUCAGUUUGCAAAGUAGGAAACAACUUUUCAAGACUCAGGUCUAAUAAAUUAAGCAAGCCUACCUCCAAGUAAUAAGAAAUAAUUAAGCCCUCAGCAGAUCCCAAGCAUGCAUGUCCCUUAUUUCCGUGCAGGCUCUGCUUUUUGGCACAGCUGGCAGGCUGAUGGAAGGUUAGAUUACAGCCUAAAGGGGCACUCGCAGCUUAAUUUCACCAGUUGUUGGAGCCACAAGGAGGGUGGUAGGACUGUGAUGAGCCAUCAUUUUGUGGCCUAAAGGUUUAUCCAGGUGUUGGGCUGUGAUCAGAACAGCUGUGUGCUCCUGGCAUCGGUGCACACAUUCAACACACUCUUUUUUUUUUUUUUCUUUAAAGAGGACCUGAAUUAGGAAGUCACAUCCCAAAGAGCACAGAGCCAAUUGUGAAAAACGUUUGUCUCUGCUCCCCACGUGCAGGCCGUGUGCCUGCAGAGCCUUGCAUGGGAACGCUGUGUAACACCAGCCCCUAGUAACCAUGAAACCCAUCCUGUUUGUAUUUGCCUUUCCCUCCCCAUCCCCUGAACGUGUCCAAAUGUUUGCCCAAAGCUGUACGCUCUUAAAUAAAAACUGUUUGCCCACA